GUCUUCAUUCAACUGCCUAAAUUUUUUCCUUGAUUGUCUUUUCACUCUCUCUUCCUCUCUUUAAUCAGUUAAUUGUUAGUUCCAUCCAUACAUUGUCAAUGUGAUUUUAAUCAAUUAAAUACCAUAAAACAUUGACAAUUUAUCUCAUUUUGAUUAUUCAUCACUAUUCAGAAAAAACAACUAAUAAUUGUUUAAGUUUCGUCUUCAAAUAAUUAGUUAAUAAUAUUCAUUUAAGUGAUUAAUUUUCAAAGUUAAUUGUGAUGGCUGAGAAGAAAUUAAAAAUCCUUUGCUCGGCAAUGGACAGCCAAGGGCAUGUGAACGCAAUCCUUGGGAUGGCAAAGAUUUUGGAGUCGAGAGGUCAUCAAGUUAUAAUGACCCUUGCCCCUGGAUGGGAAUCUUUGAUUAAGAAACAUAACUUUGAAUUCAUCCCUCUUGAUUUAAAGGAAACUACAGCAAUUAAUAAAUCAUCAACAACUAAUGGUGAUAAAGUUGAUGAUUGUAAAGGUGAUGAAUCAAAAGAAAGCAAAGUUAAUGGUGAUGAGAAAGCAAAAUCAACCGAUGAAGCACCGAAUGCAAAAUUAAUUGGAAUAAUUAACGAUGGAUUAAAGCAAUUGAGAUUAUCUCCCAUGGAUUCAGUUCGUAAUCCAGAUCCAGGAGCGGUUGAUCGGUUCAUUGAUUGGUACUCUAAACAAUUUGCGUUCGACGAAGCACUUAAACAAGUAAUGAAUCAAAUUAAACCCGACAUGAUAGUUUUGGACUUUAUGAUGAGACUUCCAUGUUUAGAGGAAUCGACGAUUCCAUGGGCACAAUUGUGGUCAUGUAACCCAAUCAUGUUGUACCAUGGACACUGUCCACCAGCAACCACAGGAUUUGCAACUGACAGUCCUCGUGAACUUUGGGACGAGUUCAAAAAACUCCAAGAUGCCAACAAUAAGCCGAUCAUUGAUCACAUCAACUCCUGGUUCAUAAGUAAAGGUUCAAAACCUUACGGACCAGAUGAGCCGAUUCCGAUCGGAGCUUCACCUUAUAUGAACAUUUACACUUAUCCCGGUUUUCUUGACUAUAACGAUAUCGCCCCUCGACCCGCCAAAUGGUUCAGAAUGGACGCUUCGAUCAGGGAACCAGACGAUUCCACUCCCUUUGUGAUACCAGAGAAAUUAAUCAACAAACAAGGUAAAUUAAUCUACUUUUCCCUUGGUUCAAUGGGCUCAGUUGAUUUGGAGUUAAUGAGACGAGUGAUUAGUGUAUUAGCUAAAUCACCUCAUCGAUUUAUCAUCUCCAAAGGUCCUUAUCAUGAUCAAAUUGAUUUACCAGAUAAUUGUUGGGGUGAAAAGUAUGUUAAUCAAAUUGCGAUUUUACCUCAUUGUGAUCUGGUUAUCACCCACGGCGGGAACAACACCCUCACCGAGAGUCUUUACUUUGGUAAACCGAUAAUUGUGAUGCCAUUAUUUUUCGAUCAACUUGACAAUGCUCAAAGAAUCAAGGAGAAAGGUGUUGGCCUGCGAAUCGACACUUACCACUUCGAGGAGUCUGAACUUCUUGAGGCUAUCGAAAAGCUUUUAGUUGAUCAACCGUUGAAAACUAAAUUAGCGUUAAUUGCUGCCACUUUAAAAGCUUCAACCACAACUGAAACUGUCUGUCAGUUGAUUGAAAAAACUGUAGCCACCGGUAAAUCACCAUUCGGUGAUGAUCAGUUUGAUAAUUAAUCCAAUACCAGAUUGUACAUCAAUUUGAUUAUCAGUGAAAAUUAUUUUCCAUUACAAGAUUGUAACAAUUAAAUUGUCAUUGAACUAAUUAACUGGUUCAAACUGAACCUCAACUGUGAUUCUGUGAUUAAAUUAAAUCUAAUCGUUAACUACUGAUCACAAUUUA